ACCACGUGAUUAGCUCAGUGCGCUAACUGCCCCAGAGAGCCGCAGGGAGCCGCCGGGAGCCGCAGAGAGCCGCAGAGAGCCGCAGAGCCCCGAGCCUCUGAAACAUGAUGGAGACACAAGUGAAGCUGGAGGAGGAGACGGAGCCGUGGGAGCGGAGGGGCCCCGCGGAGGAGCGUAGGGGCCCGGGUUGGGAGCCGCUCGGUCUCAAAGAGGAGCCGGAGUCGAGCGUCAAACAGGAGCCCCAGGACUUCCCUUUCCACAUGGUCACGGUCAAAACCGAAGAAGAAGACGACGAAGACAAGUCCUCUGCGCUUCACCAAACGGCGUCCGAGGAGCCCAGAGAGGAACCCAACGGAGAGUGUGGAGCCGACAGUGAGGAGCAGACGGACAGCUCUGAGGACACUGACCGCUCAGAAGACUACAGUCCAGACCAGGCUCCGGCCUCCAGACGCUUCACUCAGACUCCUCCUGACAGACCCUUCAGCUGCUCAGACCAGAGACCCUUCAGCUGUUCAGAGUGCUCCAAAGCGUUUCGGUGCAACGCAGAUCUCCAGAGACACAUGCCGGUCCACACGGGCGAGAGACCUUUCGUGUGUUCAGUUUGUGUGAAAUGUUUUAAACACAAAUCGGAUUUGACUCGACACUUCCGCCUCCUGCACCACACGUGUCCGGUCUGCGACGCUGUUUUCACGGAGCGCGUGUACCUGAGCGCUCACCUGCGCCUCCACGUGGAGGACGGGAGCCUGGACCCUGCGCUCCACGCCGGCGCUGACCUCACCGCGCCCGAGAACGCCGCCGCGUUCAAGUGCUCCGUUUGCGAUAAAAGCUUCAAGCAGAAGUCAGAUCUAACCCGGCACCAGCGCGGGAAACACCACGUCUGCCCCGUCUGCGGAAAAGGCUUCAAGAGGAAACUGAGACUGAAGGAGCAUCUCAGGACUCACGUGGAGGAGGGCGAGCUCGACCAGUCCUUGCUCCUCAAAACCAUCUCCCCGCCCGCCAACGGGAACAUCAAGAAGCACAAGUGUCCCGAGUGCGGAAAACUCUUCCUGCGCACAGACCAUCUGCAGAACCACGCGCUGAUCCACUCCGGAGAGAAGCCCUUCAAAUGCCCCAUCUGCGACCGCGAGUUCCGACGCAUCCACCAGCUGCAAACCCACCUGCGCAUCCACACCGGAGAGAAACCUUUCAGCUGUUCCAUCUGCCACAAAACCUUCACCCGCAAGUUCUGCCUGGAGGAGCACACGAGAACCCACUCCAAAGACAAAACCUUCAGGUGUUCAGUGUGCGAGAAAGGCUUCACGCUGCCCAAAGGUCUGAGGGCGCACAUGAGGAGCCACUCGGGGGAGAAACCUUUCAGCUGUACGGUUUGCGCCAAAGCGUUUAAAAGCAAUGAGAACAUGAAGCGCCACAUGAAAACGCACUCGGAGGACGUGACCCCGGACCAGCUGCUCAAAGACAUGUUCAGUGACAAAGGAGAGAAACCCUUCAGGUGUUCGGUCUGUGAGAAAGACUUCAGCGAAAAGGUGAAUCUUCUCCGACACAUAAAAAUCACUCACGCGGGAGAGAGACCUUUCAGCUGUCCGUACUGUGACAAAACCUUCGGGCAGAGGUCCAACCUGGAGCGGCACAUGAAGACGCACACCGGAGAGAAACCUUACAGCUGUCACUUCUGUCACAAAGGAUUUAUACAGAAACACAACCUCAGUGUCCACCUGAGAACUCACGCGCCAGACCCUGCAGCUAUUCAGGCCGAGGAGGAGCCAGACCCCGCAGCUGUUCAGUCCAGGGAGGAUCCAGACUCAAACAUGUCCCACAUGUCCCACGUGUCCCACGUGUCCAAAGUGUCCACAGUGUCUCGCGCGCAGAGCGUGAGCGCGCUGGUGCGCGCGCGGCUGUGCGCGGCCGCGGAGGAGAUCUGCGCGCUCCUGGAGAGGACCGUAGCGGGGUACGAGCACGAACUGAGCCGCGUGAAGCUGCAGGAGCCACGAGGAACUCGAGACCGAGCCGCGAGGACACGAGCCGAGGAGGAGCCGGAGCCGUAUCGCCUCAGGAGCCUAAACCCCGAGAAACAACAGCGAGAAGAAGAACCCCGAGCCCAGAGACACACGACAGACAGAUGUUCAGAUGUUCAGAUGUUCAGAUGUUCAGAUGUUCCCUCAGCGCAGAGCAGCUGUGACUCUGUUGUUUUUGGUGUUCAGAUCGCGUCUCCUGCAGAUGUUCAGAUCGCGUCUCCUGCAGGUGUUCAGAUCACGUCUCCUGCAGGUGUUCAGAUCACGUCUCCUGCAGAUGUUCAGAUCACGUCUCCUGCAGGUGUUCAGAUCGCGUCUCGGAGCGAAGAGGAGCUCCACGUGAAAGAGGAGCCAGACGAACAGCUGCAGAGUGUCCCCUUUGCCCCCGUCACCGUGAAAACCGAAGACGACGAAGACGAGUCCCCUGAGCUUCAUCACGGAUCAUCUGAGGAGACCAGAGAGGAACCCGACGGAGAGCCCAGGACGACAGGAGCAGAGGCAGCCUGCAGCUCCGACCACAGACCAUACAGCUGUUCAGACAGCGAGGAGCAGAGGGAGGAGCAGAGGGAGCUGGUGGUCAAACCGCACAGAUGCCCCGAGUGCGGGAAGAGGUUCCUGCGUAAAGAUCACCUGCAGGGUCACAUGAUCAUCCACACGGGCGAGCGGCCACACAAAUGCUCCUUCUGCGAGAAAACCUUCAUCCGGCAGAACCACCUGAAGACCCACCUGAGGAACCACACAGGCGAGAGACCCUACAGCUGCUCCUUCUGUAACCGUGGCUUCACCACGAAGGCGCUGCUCACGCCGCACCUGAGGAUCCACACCGGGGACCGACCUUUCAGGUGCUCCGAGUGCCACAAGGGCUUCAUCCAGAGGAGCCACCUGAGAGCGCACGAGAAGACCCACCGCCGAGAGAGGACCUUCAGCUGUUCAGUCUGCGGGCGGGUGUUCUACGAGCGCGGGGAGCUCAUGGUGCACUCCCGACAGGCACAUCCUGACUGACAGUUUGGCGCAGCGUCGGUGUCGGCGUCGGCGCAGGUCCUCGGCGCAGGUCCUCGCCGUGGCGGCGCGGUGCAGUCGGGGAGGACAGUUCGCUCCGGUCGACAGCGAGCACUGAUCCUACGGCCCCGGGAAGCGGCGAGGUCCGGGUGGGAGGAGCUGUAAAGCGUCCGGAGCGUCGUCGUGCCUCCUUCACCUCCAGUCUUUCGACUUGCGGUGCACCUGGAGGAAGCGGGACCAGCGACGCCCGGGGGGAGGUUCCUCGAGGGGAUCGUCCCCGAGCGACCGUCCCUCACCCGCCGAGGUGAAGCCCCCGAGGACUGACCCACCCGCUCACCUCUGAACACUUUCACUGAACACUUUCCUCUGGACUUUCUCUGUAAACUUCUUUUCUUCUUUCCCUCUCGGAAAAAGUCCCAGAGUAACGGGGAAAAAGUCCCAGAGUAACGAGGAAAAAGUCCCAGAGUAACGAGGAAAAAGUCCCAGAGUAACGGGGAAAAAGUCCCAGAGUAACGGGGGAAAAGUCCCAGAGUAACGAGGAAAAAGUCCCAGAGUAACGAGGAAAAAGUCCCAGAGUAACGGGGAAAAAGUCCCAGAGUAACGG